AUGCCCUCUUCCUUAGCCCAGUGCCUUCCCAGUGCAUUUGGGAAGAGGGAAAGUGGAGACAAGAACCAUUAUACCAAGCAAACUGGUGAAUCUGCAGUCAUUUUAAUUGCCUUAUUAAUGGUGGCUCUUUUAAUUAACUAUGUGUGUCAUCAUCAGUUUCGCUCAGGUCGGCUUACUUUCUAUCCCUUUUCUUCUUUUUCCUCUAGGGGAGGAAGAUGAUUUGUCUCUGCUGACCGCACUGCUGGAGGAGAAUGAGUCGGCCUUGGAUUGUAAUUCAGAAGAGAAUCAACCCUUGACCCAGGAAGAUGGCACACCUGACGCAUUUGAUGAGCUCUUUGAUGCUGAUGGUGACGGUGAAUCUUACACAGAGGAGGCUGUUGAUGGAGAAGUGGAGACGAUUGAAGACCAGAAGGAAAAUCUGGCCACUCUGUUUGGGGAUAUGGGGGACUUAACAGAUGAAGAAGACGUUCCUGCAUUGCAAUCAACUAAAAACAGAGUCCUCUCCGCUCCUGCUCUCAGUCAAGGGAAAACCAAUCAAGAGUUGCAAGAUGAAUUAAGGAAGUUGCAAGAGCAGAUGAAGUCCUUAGAAGAACAGCUGAAAAUGGCGACAAUUAAACAACCUGCAAGUCCACCUGUUCUGCAUAAAUCGCCUGUAGAAAAGUCUCCACGUCCCCCUCUUAAGGAGAAGAAGAUUCAGAGAAUUCAGGAGUCCACGUGCUUUUCUGAAGAGCUUGAUGUCCCUGCUCCACCAAAAACCAAGCGGGUGGCUCGGACACCGAAGGUUUCACCUGCAGAUCCCAAAAGCUCAUCUUCAAAGAUGACAAGUGCAUCCUCCCAGCCACUCCGAAUGACUCCUGGGAACAAGCCUAAUGGGAUGACUAGAGAUCAGAGCACAGGGACCCCCAGGCAUUCUGGGGAGCCGGCUCAGCCAGUCUCCGUGGAAGCCUUCUCUGGCCUGAGGCUCAGGCGGCCUCGAGUGUCCUCCACAGAAAUGAACAAGAAAAUGGUUGGCCGAAAACUGAUCAGACUGUCUCAGCUCAAGGAAAAGAUGGCAAGUGAGAAGCUGGAAGAAAUAGACUGGGUGACAUUUGGGGUUAUAUUGAAGAAAAUCACUCCACAGAGUUCUAACAGUGGGAAAACAUUUAGCAUCUGGCGACUGAAUGAUCUUCGUGACCUGACUCGGUACGUGUCAUUGUUCUUGUUUGGAGAAGUUCACAAAGAACUCUGGAAGACUGAGCAGGGUACUGUCGUAGGGCUGCUCAACGCUAACCCCAUGAAGCCCAAGGAUGGUUCGGAGGAGGUCUGCUUAUCUAUUGAUCAUCCUCAAAAGGUGUUAAUCAUGGGUGAAGCUCUUGACCUGGGAACCUGUAAAGCAAAGAAGAAGAAUGGAGAACCAUGUACACAGACUGUUAAUUUGAACGACUGUGAAUACUGUCAGUAUCACAUCCAGGCCCAGUACAAGAAGCUCAGUGCCAAGCGAGCUGACCUACAGUCCACUUUCUCCGGAGGACGAAUUCCAAAAAAGUUUGCCCGCAAAGGCAUCAGCCUAAAAGAACGGCUGUGUCAGGAUGGUUUUUACUACGGAGGGGUUUCUUCGGCAUCGUAUGCAGCCUCAAUUGCAGCAGCUGUUGCUCCUAAAAAGAAGAUUCAAACCACUUUAACUAAUCUGGUCGUUAAAGGCACAGACUUGAUCAUCCAGGAAACUCAGCAAAAACUCGGAAUACCCCAGAAGAGCUUGUCUUGCUCUGAGGAAUUCAGGGAACUGAUGAAAUUGCCAACGUUUGGAGCCAGAAACUUGAAACAACAUUUAGCGAAAGCCAAGUCAUCAGGGAUCAUGGGGAGCCCAAAACCUGCUUUCCAGUCUAUCUCGGCGUCAGCCCUCUUGAAGCAACAGAAGCAGUGUAUGUUGGAGAUGAGGAAAAAGAGAUCAGAAGAAAUACAGAAACGAUUUCUCCAGAACUCAAGGGAGAUUGAGAGCCCAGCUGUGCCAUCCUCUUCUCGACAGCCUCCUUCUCAGUCCCCACGAACGGGGGCUGAGUUCCCCAGGCUGGAAGGAACCCCUGCCACACAGAUGCCCAAGCUUGGGCGGGGCAUCCUGGAAGGAGAUGAUGUUCUCUUUUUUGAUGAGUCACCACCACCAAGACCAAAACUGAGUGCUGUAGCAGAAGCCAAAAAGUUAGCUGCUAUAACCAAAUUAAGGGCAAAAGGCCAGAUUCUUACAAAAAGAGACCCAAACGGCAUUAAAAAGAAGCAAAAGGACCCCCAGGAUCUCCUGGAAGUGAAGGAACGUGUAGAAAAUAACAACACAUCUUCUCCUCAAGCUGAGGAUGAACUGGAACCUGCCCGGAAGAAAAGGAGAGAACAACUUUCCUAUCUAGAAUCUGAGGAAUUUCAGAAAAUUCUAAAAGCAAAAUCGAGGCACACAGGGAUCCUAAAAGAGGCCGAGGCUGAGCUGCAGGAACGCUAUUUUGAGCCACUGGUGAAAAAAGAACAAAUGGAAGAAAAGAUGAGAAACAUCAGAGAAGUGAAAUGUCGAGUAGUGACAUGCAAGACGUGUGCCUACACCCACUUCAAACCUUUGGAGACCUGCAUCAGUGAACAGCACGACUACCACUGGCAUGACGGCGUCAAGAGGUUUUUCAAGUGUCCCUGUGGAAACAGAAGCAUCUCCCUUGACAGACUCCCCCAAAAGCACUGCAGUAAUUGUGGCCUCUUCAAGUGGGAACGGGACGGAAUGCUAAAGGAAAAGACAGGUCCAAAGAUAGGAGGAGAAACCCUGUUACCAAGAGGAGAAGAACAUGCCAAAUUUCUGAACAGCCUUAAAUAGCCCUGACUUCAAACAGACAACAAAAGGAAGACAGAAGUAAUCUAGAUAACAAUGAUCCAGAAUAGCAAAUAAGAAACUUCUGAAUGAUCGGUAUGGAAUCUUUUCCAAAGGGAACUUAAAAACACUACAGGUUGACUAAGGUAUAGCAAAGUGGACAGGAAGAGAUUGCAUGAAUUGGGUUUCUCUGUAGAAAUUAUGAUAGAAGUAAAGCUUGAUGUUUAUAACAGAUUAAAUUUCUAACAUUAAUUUUUUUAAAUGAGGAGAGUAAAUCUGUUUGCGUUAAGUACAUCAAUGAUAGCAGCCCAUCAGAGCUUCUCCUCCACCAGUAAAGUAGACAUCUCUGAUCCCAUGAGUAGAGAGAUGGAAACAAUACAGCUCUCCAGAAGGGUGGAUGGCUCCAAACAUGGAGUUCUAUAUUUACCAAUAUUGAAGAAAGAAAUGGUGAUAUACCUAAAGAAAAUAAUACAGAGGCACCAAAGAUGAAAGAAAUUAGUUGACUUAAGUUGACAGCAGUUUGUGAAAAAACUGGAAUUUUUGAAAUUAAAGGAAGCCCAGAAUAUAGCCACACUGCUGGACUAUCGACGUCAAAAUGGGAAAGAGCCCCGCCGUGACCUGCACAGGUUAGACCAUCUGUGCGAUGCUGACGUACAUUUUGGAGAAAAGCAAGACGAUGGUAAUCAAGAUGGUGAAAACUCAAAGCCAUUUGGCCCAAGAAAGGGCAGAAAGAACUAGAAAUAUAUGUACAGUUGAUUUUUAUUAUUCAUGGUAAUUAUGUUUUAUGAAAUCACCACUAGCUGAAUUAGCGGGUGCUGAACCACUGCUCCCAGAGGAAAUACAGGGUUUGGUUCCUGCAAGCCUCUGCUCACAUUUUCAUCAGCAGAUUGAUACAGCACCUUGUUUUAUAUGUGUUUCUAUUUAGAAAGACCUUAUUUAAUAUAUAUUGUUGAUUCACUACCGUGGAACUCACGGCCCACAGCACUAUGCCUCACCACUGAACGAACCUUAUCUUAGCACACUAUUUUCUCCGGAUGGUGCCUCACAGCCUUCUUGCAUUUAGGAACACCAGACAGCACUUCAGCACUACACUUGGGGGCCAUUUUAAACAGCAAAGUCACCAACAAAAAACUCAAAAAUGUGAAAAACAUGGCACAAAAAGGACAUUUGUUUAUGGUAGCAGAGCUGAAACAACCAAGAGUGUUGCUUUGUCUCACCUCACCUGGCAACAUGGACGUUGGGCAACUCAAACUUUUUGUUACUCUGCACAUGCACAUGUUCAUAAAUGACCACAAAAGCACCACAAGUAUUGGUUUUGGAGUUACAAAUAAAUUUUAGCAAUUAAAUGAAUUUGCAAACACAGAGUCUACAAAUAACCAGCAGCAACUGUUUAAUAUUUCCCCAAACAAGACCAGAUUGGGAGUUUCCCAUUCUGCAAGAUAGAAAAUUGGCUAAAUGAUUUGAAAACGUGGGUUGAAACUAGGAUUGGAAUCAAGUCUGUUGUAAUGUUGCUUGAGCAAAAACUACUCUUGGUAUUUUUUUAAGUCAACUUUACUAAGGUCUAAAUUUCACACAGUAAAAGGCAAGCAUCUUAAGUGUACAGUUCCAUAAAUUUUGACAAAUGUGCACACCCGUGUAACCACCACUACAAGCGAGAUAAAGGAUAUUUCCAUCACCCCAAAAGGUUGCCUUGGGCCACCUCCCAGUCAAUCCACACCCCCCGCCCCGGCUGUCACUGAUCUGUUUUCUGUCACUAUAAUUUAGAUCUAUCUUUUCUAGAGUUUCAUAUAAAUGGAAUCAUACAAAAUACACUCUUAUAUCUGGCUUCUUUCACUCAGCAUAUUUUUGAAAUACAUCCAUGUGGUUGCAUGUAUUGGUAAUUCAUUCUUUCCUAUGUUGAGCAUUUUGAUGUAUGGGUGCGCCCCAAUAUUUAUUAUUGAUGGACAUUUGAGUUGGAUUGUUAACAGUUUGAGGCUGUUAUGAAUAAAGCUGCUACCAAUAUUCAGGAAUAAGUC